GUAGUAUGGUCCAAUAUUGAUGUUGAGUGAAGAAAAUAAAAACAAUCAAUGAAAGUGCCAUAUAAUAACACAAAUAACAAGUGAAUGCUGAAAAUUGAUUCAAAUAGAAUAAAUUGUGAAAAAUUUGUCUACAAUAACACGAAUUAAUAGAAGAAGAAUCGAAAACUUAUUUGCAAUACAAUUUGUGUUCUUAGAAAUGACACUUGGUUGAUUACAGCAGCAGCUGUAAACGCGUUGCAAUGUUUUGUAAUUGUUAUUGAAUGUUACCUUGGCAACGCAUCACGCAUUGAUAAGUAACGAAUUUGUUUACUGAAGCUGUAUCAUUUCAAAUAUGGGCGACGAUCAAAUAAUUGACGAAAUUACUUUUACAUCCAACUUCCCAGGAGAGGAUAAUUGCACAUGUGAUACGCAUCGGCGCAGGGAUGAGCCGCUACCUAUGCUGCAUAAUGAAAUUCUGAUAAAUAUAUUUUCCUAUUUGCCAUACACCGACUUGACGCAGACUCGUUUGGUUUGUCAUCUUUGGAGGGAAGUCAUCGCGUACAAACGGUUUGCGAACAAAUUCCGUUUGCGACUCAGAGAAGAUAAUAUGCUGGAUAUUUGGAAGCAACUACAAACCGGGAAUUUCGCAUCCGGAAUGGUGUAUCGGCACAUGGUAUACAUGGGCAGUGAUUCAGCACAGCUCGAUCAGUUGCAAUUCAUACUGAAGAAAAUUGGCUCAAAUGUGCGAAAUCUAAAGCUCAAAACUUUUUUUGGACUUAACGGCAUGUAUGUGUGCUUUCCAAACAUAGAACGUCUAGUACUUGAAGAUCUAUAUGUAUUUCCUUUGCAUGUGCCAUUCGAAUUGAAUACAUUUGGCAAUUUGAAAGGACUUCAUUUUGUGGACGAUGCAGUAACACAAAGCACAUCAGAAGCUUUACUCGCUACUUGUCUUCGUGAAAAUACCGCCGUGAGGCUGGAGGAAUUGAGCAUACGCGUCUAUGCGGAGCACGCUGAGCUAUUUCUGUCGGUGGUGAAGCAUCAUGCCGACACCUUGAAAAGUCUGCAUGUCGUCUAUUUUGAAUCAAUGAAUGAACAAAAUUCACUGGUUAAAAAAUGGAUAGAAGCUUUCGAUCAAUUGAAGAAGUUGCAGAAAGUUAAAAUUUAUGCAGGUAAUACGCUGAUAUUUGAGGGAUCAUUGAAGUGUUUCGUAGGCUUGCCAUUGCGAUAUUUGGAAGUGGAUUGUUUGCGGCCUGUAAAUCCAAAUAUCUUUAAACUGCUGGAAUCGUGCGCCAAAUCACUGGAGCAUUUGGCGUUUUUCAACUUCUACUUACCGAAACACAUAGCCGGCACAAAUACAAUAAGCGAGUGCUGCCACAACUUGAAAAAGCUUAUAUUGAGCUACACGCGUCUUAUCGAAGAGGAUGAGCUAUGCCAUAUAGCACGCAAUCUUGCUGGCUUAGAAGUUUUAGACCUGAGAUACUGUAAGAAUGCGGUAACUAACAAAUCGCUGGCUGCGAUUUUCAAACACCUGACACAAUUACGUGAACUUGAUCUGAGUGGUAACAACGAUUUUAACCUUGAUGCACUAACGGGCACCGUCGAUAAUCCAUACCCGAUUCAACGUCUGCGGGGGUUAGAAAAGUUGAACCUGAAAUCAUGCCAGCAACUGUCGAAUGACGAAUUUUUAGAGACGUUAAAAUUUCCCUUUCUGCGUAGUUUAAACUUUGGACGUGGCUUAUAUACGGACAGUGGCAUUCAGGUCUUGGUAAGGCAGUGCCCGCUUCUGGAAGAAUUGAUUAUAACUUAUUGCCCGACAUUGGGGCGGAGCGCUCUCUUUUGCAUAGCGAAGGCUUUGCCGCGUCUGCGCGUACUGCACUUCUUGCACUGCGCUCAGGUGGACAAGUCGGUAAGGCUUAUUUUACAUAAUGAGUGUCCUCUGUUGGCGGAUUUAGAAAUUUCUGAGAAACGAACAAAUGUGAGAACAUACUUUCAUCAAUAGAUUUCGUUGACAAAAUUUAUAUUUAUA